AUGGGGAGACCUGGAACUCCAUUUCUGAAACCAACCCUACUGUUUCUUAUCAUCAGCCUUGUCAUACCAGCUCACCAACUAAAUGUUGAAGAUCUUACUCUGUCUGAUUCUUCCGGUGACAACAGCAUGAUGCAGCAUAACGAAACUGUUAACGUUGGAGUUGUUAUUGAUAUGGGAUCUUGGAUUGGUAAGAGCAUCCACAGCUGUAUGAAAAUGGCAAUCUCUGAUUUUUAUGCUUCAAAACAUCAACGUAAAACACGGCUAGUUCUUCACACCAGGGAUUCCAGGGGAGAUCUAAACCAUUCUAUUUCUUCAGCUGUUGAUCUUCUGGGCAAGGUCAAGGUGCAAGCAUUGAUCAUGGGGCCAGAAACUGUCCCGAAAACAAAAUAUCUGGGCACUCUGGGAAACAAAGCCAAGUGCUUCGGAAAGGGUUGUCUUGAUGAAGCCAUUGUGUGGCCAGGAAUCACUACAACUGCUCCACGAGGCAUGCUUAUGCCAGCAAACCGUACCAUCCUAAGAAUCGGAGUUCCUAUCAAUGAGGGAUUUGAGCAAUUUAUAAUGUUGAAGCACAAGAGAUUCAUGGGCUUCUGCGUUGAUGUCUUUAGCGCUGUACUGGACUCAUUGCCUUAUCAGGUAGAUUAUGAGUUCAUUCCAUGGCUGAAUUCAAAUGGCGACAACCAGGGCAGUUAUAAUAAUCUUGUAUACCAAGUGCAUCUUGGGAUUCAACUCGGAUCAGAAGCGUACAUAGGAACCCAUGAUUCAAUUAUUGGACAAACUAUCGCGUACAACCUCAAUUUUAAAGACAAUCGUUUAAAAAUGUACGAGACGCCUGAGGAAUAUGCUGAUGCAUUAUCCAGGGGAAGUAAGAAAGGUGGAGUUGACGCCAUCAUUGACGAGAUCCCAUACCUUAAAGUCUUUUUGGCGAAGUAUGAGGAUGAAUAUGCCAUGGUUGCAACCCAAUCCACCACCAAUGGAUUUGGAUUUGCAUUUAACAGAAAGUAUGCUCAGCUGGUUUCAGAUAUGUCAGAUGCAAUUAUAAAACUAAGAGAGGAAGGAAAACUCGCAGCGAUUGAGAACUUAUGGCUGAACAGCGGUUCAUCCUUCAUGCCCGAAAGUACUGCUACCCAACCAGAUAUAUUGAACCUACGUAGUUUUGGUGGAUUGUUCCUCAUUAGUUUUGCGUGUUGUGUUUUCGUCCUCCUCAUACACCUAAUUUCAAUUCUCCAAAACAAGUUGGAUUACUUGAGAAACCUCGGUAUGGUGGUUCGAGAUGGAGGAAUAUUGGCAUACAUGAUCAACAGAAUUGUCCCUUCACAUAUAUGCCACCGAAAAAGAACCCGCCGGAGAGGGCUCACCGCCGUCCGCCUUCUUCUACCAGCCCACGAGCUAAGUUCCAUUGACGCCGAUUUUGCUCUGUCUGAUCAUUCCGAUAACAGCAGCAUGAUGACUCCACAGCAGACCGAGAAUGUUAAUGUAGGCGUUGUUAUUGACAUGGGAUCUUGGAUUGGUAAGAGCAUCCACAGCUGUAUUGAAAUGGCAAUCUCUGAUUUUUGUGCUUUGAAACUUCACUGCAACGAAACGCGGUUUCUUCUUCACACCAGGGACUCCAGGGGAGAUCCCAAGCAUGCUAUUUCUUCAGCUGAUGAAUAUCCUUUCUUCAUUCAAAUAAACCAAGAUGAAAAGUUACAGUUUAAGGCCAUUGCAAGCAUAUUAAUUUCGCACCAAUGGAAAACUGUUUCAGUGAUCUAUGAUGAUACUGAUGAUGGAAGAUACUCCAUUCUGUCCCUGGUUGGAUCCUUCCAAGAGAGGGGAAUUCGUGUCAGUCACAGAACAGCCGUUUCUCCUUUCUCAAAUGAUGAUCAAAUCCUGGAUGAGCUUCAUAAGCUCUCAAUUCUGCAGCAGUCGAUUUUUGUGGUGCAUUUAUCAGCGUCCACAACGUAUCGUCUGUUUUCAAUGGCAAAGAGACUUGGAAUGAUGAAAGAAGGGUAUGCCUGGAUUGUAACUGACAGGACUAUGAACCAACUUCAGUAUGGAAAUGGAGAUGUGAUCCGGUCAAUGCAGGGAGUGGUGGGAUUGAAGGCAUAUAUUCCGUCCUCAAGUAAGCUGCAAGACUUCAGCCUGAAAUGGAAAAAGGGAUUCUACAGUAAGAACGCUUCUGUUGAAUUCGGUGAACUAAAUGUCCUAGGCAUUUGGGCAUACGACACGAUUUGGGCACUGGCUGAGAAAUUGGACAGGCAUGAAUAUAGUAGUGUCCUCCUCAUACGCCUCGGUUCCAUCCUCCUAAACAACUUGGAAUACUUGAGAAACAUCAUUAGGGUUCUUCAAGAUGGAGGAGCUAUAUUAUUAUUGACAUACAUGCUCAACAAGAUUGCCCCUACCGAUUCAAACACACUCACCGUUGUAAGUUGA